AUGAAAAAUAGCCAGAUCAGAAGAAAAUUAGAAAUUGAAGAUCUUGACUGGUGGAAGCAGCUUGCGGAGGGUCAGGAUCGUGGAUACUAUUUUAUUGCAGAGGAGGUCAUGUACCUCCGUAUGCCUCGUUAUUCCCAUGCAGCGAGUAUGGUAGCCAUGCCAUUCCAUGUCCUACGAAAAAGUGGUUACCGCUUCCUUUGA